AUGGAGGAGCCAUCAGAGACGCUCGGCCCAGCUGCGGACCCAGAAACUCCUCAGACGAACGCUGCAGAAGACUCCUCUGACGACUCAGAAUUCCCACAGCCAGAAAUGUUAGUAAAGAUCAUGAAGAAGCUGAGCCUCGACCCCAGUGCCAAGCAGCCAGGCCAGCGCCGCCAGCGUCAGCGCCAGCGCCGCCGCCAGAUGAUCAACAUGCCCGUGGAGAACAGAAGUGAGAAGAUUUUGAGGGAGGUUCAAAGUGCCUUUCCCAAGAGAAGUGUCCGCACAUUAUUGUCUGUGCAGAGAGACCCUAUAGCAAAGAUGAAGCGGUUCAUUCGGAUUGAGAAGAAACUAAGGAGCCUGAGUGGACACGGGUCUGAAGAAAACAAGGAGCCGUUCAGAUGUCUCUGCACUUUCUGCCUGUAUCAAGGGUGGGACCCU